UGUGUGUGCUGUGCAGUCUCAGCGACUUGUACUGCUUUCUCCGAGGUCGGGGAUAUUUUGGUGGAUGGACUACAUUCUGUCAAUUAUCCAUUCAAAUAGCCUAAGAUGAAGUCAAAUAAAUUAGUACAUAUGAAUAAAUAAGUAUACAGUAAGUUGCCUAUAUUAGGCUAUCCUUUUCGCCAUGGGCAACGCUGAAGUGGUGAAAUCGGUGGAUAUAAUGGGCGACAGCAAUCAGAGUGGUGUCAUUAACAGAUCAAUCAGUGAUCAGGAGCGCUUCAAAAGCUUGGAAGACAUCGAUGUGACCGCCGAUGGGAGCCCGGUGUUGAGGUGCAUGAUUUCCAUCACGUACUCCGUAGUUUGCGCCGUAGGUCUGAUUGGGAACCUAUUGGUCUUUUUCUUUAUUCGCGUAAGACAAGAGAGUCGGACAUCCAAAAUCAACUUCUUCAUCCUCAAUUUGGCCGUCACGGAUUUUCAGUUUGUGUUGACGUUGCCUUUUUGGGCCGUGGACACCGCACUUGACUUCAGCUGGCCGUUUGGCGACGCCAUGUGCAAGAUCGUCCUGUCGGUGACUGUGAUGAACAUGUACGCCAGCGUCUUCUUCCUGACCGCAAUGAGCGUUACACGGUACUGGUCAGUGGCCUCAGCGCUCAAGGACCGGACCAGACAGACCAGCUGCUCCAUCAGAUGGGUCAGUGUCAUCCUCUGGUCUCUGGCCACUGUAGCCACGGCGCCAACAUCCAUCUUCUCAACAGUCACCAAUGUGGCCGGCGAGAAACUUUGUUUAUUGAGAUUCCCUGACGGACAAUACUGGUUGGCCGUCUAUCAUCUCCAGAAAAUAUUGAUUGCCUUUAUUCUACCCAUGGCAAUAGUCUCCAUUAGUUACCUAUUGCUGUUGAGGCUCAUCCGACAGCGCAGCAUGAAGAGCAAUUCAAAACGAAGAACACAAGUCACCAAGUCCGUCACCAUCGUGGUUUUAUCGUUUUUCCUCUGCUGGAUGCCCAAUCACGCCAUAACGUUUUGGGGCGUGCUGGUUAAAUUCAACGCCGUGUACUGGGAUAAGUCUUACUAUAUCGUUCAUACCUACGUGUUUCCAGUGACUGUGUGCCUUGCGCACGCAAACAGCUGUUUAAACCCGCUAAUUUACUGUCUGAUGCGUAAAGAGUUCAGGAAAAAACUAAAGGAGCUGUUUAUUCGGGUCUGAGCGCACUUUGGCCGCGCGCUUCUUCCCGUGUGACCCCCUCUGUGUCCUUUUCUUGAAAAUGACCAUAAACAGCGGUAAUACAGUGGUACUCAAGCAUCUUAACUGCGCGAUUUGAAAGAAUUCAUCGAUUUGUUCCUCUGUAUUUUUCGUGUCAUUCCUGUGGUACACAAUUUCCAUAUAUUAUAUGUACGUAUACUUAAAAUAAUUUCUAUGGAGGCAAUGAAGAAUAAAACCGCGACUUGUGCAUUGUUAAAAGAAGCAUUGUGCAUUCUAUUCCCGCGCUGUGUGUGUGUGUGUGUGUGUGUGUGAGUCUGUAUGAAUGGUAGCUAAAUUCAAAUCUAUAACCGUUUCAUGUUUUCCAAAAAAUAUGUAAAUGACACACUUACAACAUAUGUGUGGCUAUGUUUUUGUUUUUUUUUCCCAGCACUUUUUUUCAGAGCAUUACUUUACAUUAAUUGGACACUACCAAGUGUGCUUUAGAUAAUACUUAAUUUGAUGUUGACAUUAAUAUUGGUUAAACAAAAGCAAAGCCUAAGGUUAUUUUCUGAUUUGUCUAUUCUGCUUUUCUGUCACCCCUGUGUUGUUUAUCUCUCCUGUAACAGAGUGGGCUACUCUCUCACUAUUAGUCUUGUCUCAUUCUCAAUUAGCAGCACUGACAGUGACCUCCAUAGGCUCUUAGCCAAGACACCAUCCAUCCUCAUGCAGAGUUUUUUUAAUUAAAGCAUUCAAGGAGACAUUGGGCAAAGCUAGGCCAGGCUGAAAUACUGUGAGGACCAUUUUGUCAGGCAAGCUCAUAUCAGUCCCUCCGCACACUGCAUCCUAUAGAAACGACAACUCGAGCAUCAAACUGCAGCGUCCAGUUAAUUACCCAGAAAGGGGCGAUCAGGGUCAUAACUAACGUGAAUGCUUUACGUCUCGUUAAAUUGUGGUUGCUUUAUAUCACUAGGACAGAAAGGUAAUGAUGGUCAUUUGCAGGCAAUUUGGAAGAUUUGAAAAGACAGUACAUCUGUUGCUGUUUACAGUCACUCAUACACAGGAGCCUUCUAAUGGACACCCAGCAGACGUGAUGCUCUUGACGAUGUUCUGUUCAUUAUGACACAUCACACUCCUGUGUGUUCAGUCUGUAAAUAGAAACAAACUGUGAGCAGCAGUCUGGUAGUAAAUCUCUUUCUUUCUUUCUUUUUUCUUUCUUUUUGUAUACAAAUAUUCUUGCAACAAAGACUACCAAAAGAACCAGUAUCCAUUAAAAACUCUACUAUAACUCUGCUAGUUUCUCUUUAUGUGUGUACAGUUUGAUGUCAUUUGAAUACUAUUUGUAUGUUUAAAAACAGAACAAACCAAACAAAAAAUUGAUAUGUGCCAUUGAAAGUCUUGUUUGUAUACAUAUCAUGCAUGUCCAUGUACUGUAUUGUGUAUGUACUCACUGCAUAUGUUCAGAGCAGCACCAUGAGUUGGUGACCAUAGCACUAUUAUGACUGCUGCUACUACAUUACAAUCUAUAAUAAACUUUCUAUGUACUUUGAGUUUACAUGUGUUCACAUAUGCACAGGUAUAGACUACCUAUACUUGCUAUAAUGCUCUUACUUACUUACGUAUAUCCAGGGUUUGCCUAUUUACAGAAAUGUGCUGUGCGUAUACAAAUUUAGCAGAUUGCGAAUGGAUGUUUGUCAAUGUUAGAAAACUCACUUUGGUAUACCGCUGAGUGUGCUAAUGUAAUCAAAUCCCCACUGUUUACAGGAUUUCCUGUGGGGAGAUGGUUUCCUAUUACUGAGUGGAACUAUGAGUUAUACUAGGUUACAAGUCACUUUCUAAUGCAUGUGAUCAGCAUAUUCCCAUUAUGUUUAUUUGAAAUGUCUCCAACCUAGAAAUUUAAUAGGGUACCCUCUAGGAUAUGAAGGAUGUUGCUCUUUGCACUUGGAUUUAUUAAGCAAAACAUACAGUAAGUAAAAAUGGAUUGUACUUCCAUGCAUUUAGCUUGCUUUUAUUUUUCGU